UCUCUCCUGCGCGCUCGUGUGGGGCCCGUGAUCCAGUGGGACUGUUUGCUCUGUAAUGGCGGCCUCGGUGUUGCUCUCCGCGGAAAGCGCAGUGCCCUCGUUUACUGUCGGCCAUCCCGCCGGAGCCGCGGCGGUAGGAUCAAGCAGCCAUCACGGAUUACCCAAUGCUCCUGGAGCCACGUGCUGGAGCCGCUCGCUGGACCGGGCGCUGGAAGAGGCGGCGGCCACCGGAGCGCUCAACCUGAGCGGCAGGAAGCUGAAGGAGUUCCCGAGGAGCGCCGCCGGACACGACCUUAGCGACACCACCCGGGCCGACCUGUCACGGAACAGGUUGACGGAGCUGCCAAUGGAUGUGUGUAUGUUUGUGUCGCUGGAGAAUCUAAACCUGUACCAGAACUGCCUACGUUCACUACCAGAGAGUCUGAUCAAUCUACAGUCCCUCACCUACCUGAACAUCAGUCGGAACCAGUUGACCACUCUCCCUGCUCAUCUAUGCCGACUGCCACUCAAAGUUCUGAUCGCCUGCAAUAACAAGCUGGUUUCGCUGCCGGAGGACCUGGGCAAACUCAGACAGCUUACAGAACUGGAUGUGAGCUGUAAUGAGAUCCAGACUCUUCCUCCUCAGAUUGGUCAGUUGGAAGCUCUCCAUGACCUCAACAUCCGUAGAAACCACCUCAUUCGCCUGCCUCCUGAGCUGGCCGAGCUGCCGUUAGUACGGCUUGAUUUCUCCUGUAAUAAGGUAACAACAAUCCCAGUAUGCUACCGCAAUCUCAGACACCUACAGAGCAUAAUUCUGGACAACAACCCUCUCCAGAGCCCACCUGCACAGAAAUGCAUAAAGGGAAAGAUUCAUAUAUUUAAAUAUCUGAACAUGGAGGCGUGUAAAGCAACAUCAGACCUUCCAGAUUAUGACAGACGACCAUUGCCCUUUGGAUCCUGUGUGGAGGAUUUAUAUCCGGGUCGGACGUAUGGAGCUCUGGACUCUGGUUUUAACAGUGUGGAUAGUGGAGACAAGAGAUGGUCAGGAAAUGAGCCUUCAGAUGAGUUUUCAGACUUGCCGUUGAGAGUGGCGGAAAUUACAAAAGAGCAGAGACAGAGAAGAGAUCGAGAGAGAGAACGUGAUGAGCACCGGACGGGAUCUCACGUGACUAAUGGCACAUUGGAGUCGGAGGUUGAACAGAUAGACUUCAUUGACAAUUGUAUGGGGGAGGAGGAUGAGGAGGGUGGGCGGAGCCGGAGAACUGUGGAGCAAGUGAGCCUCAGCUCCCAGUUCAUGGCCUACAUUGAAAGACGAAUCACCAGAGAGGGUUCACCGGUGAAGACCAGCCCAUCCAGAGAUUUAAGAACGGAUGACCCAAGACGCCAAAGCUCCCUACAUAACCGUGGUGGGUCAGAUACUGGCGUCACAUCUUCAUAUGCUCACAGUCAGCGGACUGCCAGUGUGACAUCAGGUUCUGGUGUCGGUGUGGAGAGAGUGAGAAGAGAAGCUCAGGUAGCUGCACUGCGGUACGAGGAGGAACGACAGAAAACCAGAUCAGUGCAGAGAGAAUCUGUUAUGAACUUUGUGAAGAACAAAUCGUCUCCAAGUCCUACGAAGCUCAGUCCAACAGACAGUGAGAGUGAGUUUGAGCCUCUACUGAUAUUUGAGAUAGACACAGAUACCAACACUAUAAAGAAGAGACCAGACCCUCACAAACAGUCUCUCUCUGCUGUGCCGCUGGAUGGGUGCAUUUCUCCUACUUUAGGCGUCCCCUCCUGUAUGCCGCAGCAAGGUGAAGAUUAUGCCUCGCUCUCACCCACCGCACUCCAAUCGCCCACUUUCCCCAGCCCUGUUGCCCUGCCCCCUUCUCGCGGCCCAGCCCAGCGACCUGAGAGUUACCUGUUUAGGCUGAGUCAUCUACAGGACAAGAAGAAAGGAGAUUCAGGAGUGCAGAGGGUGGAGUCUACAGAUGCAACUCCCACACAGAGUCCUGCACCAACUGGAGAGGAGGCGGAGCUGAUAGAGCAACUGAGAAGGAAUAUUGAAUGUCGACUCAAGGUGUCUUUACCGAGUGACCUUGGGGCCGCUUUGACUGAUGGGGUAGUGUUGUGCCAUCUGGCCAAUCACGUGCGUCCUCGAUCCAUACCCAGCAUCCAUGUACCCUCACCGGCAGUGCCCAAACUGACCAUGGCCAAGUGUCGACGGAAUGUGGAGAACUUUCUGGAGGCUUGUCGCCGAAUUGGAGUUCCUCAGGAUAGCUUGUGUUCGCCAGGGGACGUAUUGAAAGGGGAGGUUGUUUGUGUGUUCAGGCUGGUUGAGGCCUUGCUCUCCCAGGCCCCACCCACACUUCACUCCACCCCUUCUACACAGCUGACUGGUUUUGCCCUCUUCUACCUGUCAGUCAUGUCGCUGCUCUGUGCUAUCUAUUGCCACCUGGCGCCAAGUCUUUGAAUUGCACUUACGUAGUGAUUACUGUACUAAAACAGGCAAUUGUUUGUGCGCUCAUGUGUUUAUGCGAAAUGAGCAGAUUUUUACUAAAAAGCCAGUGUUUAUGCACACAAAUCUUACCUUUGUUUGAGUUUUAGGUGUUGGGAAUCAAGAACCGGUUCUAUUUCAGACCGGUUCCAUGUGUUUUAAAAAUACAAGAAUUUAUUUUCGUAAUGUUAAAUUCUGUAAAGAAUUCAUGAAUGCCUAAAUUUUUUUUUGCCGAUGCAGACAUAAGACCGUAAUAAAAUACACAACAACAUAGAGAACAUUUGCAAACAAAUUACUUUUAUGAGCUGGUUUUGUUAAUGAAGGCUUAAAUCAAUGUAAUUACAGACAAAUGAUGCACAUUCAAAAAUUAUUAUUAUUAUUAUUUUUUAUUUAUUAAAUGUUAUGCCAAUAAAAAAAAAAGCUUUAAAAUAUGUUGUUAAAAAUAAUAUUGUUUAUGCAUUUUAUUUAUGUUAAGUAUAUAUAGUUGGGAGUACUAAAAAAAAUUAAGGAACUGAAUAAGGAAGUGGAAUCGGAACCAGCUAUUUUAAAUUCCCUGUGAUUCCCAUCCCUAGUAAAUUACAUUGUUUGUGUGCAUUUAAAAGAAGCACAUUUUUAUAGCAAAAAUCAAAGCUUCAUCUAAAAGCACAAAGAUGGGUUGAGUCACCCAUUCGGCCUUAAAUAAGACUUAAGAACAUGCAUCCUGCUCACUAACAAAGCUCGUUAUUGCACCGUGGAGCUGCUGCAACGUUUCCUAAAGGAAAAUUGCAGGAGGGAGUUUUUUUUUGUGUGAAAUUUGAUUUUAAUUUUGGGAGGUUUUUUAUAAGCUUAUCUGACCUGGACGAUGCAAACCAUAAACCCCCUGUUUAUCCCAUUGUGCCUUACAGUGGUGUGUGUCCAUGUCUUCGACUUCACAGUUAAAUAGAAAACAUCUCAACUCGUAAGCAGCUCUAAACCCUACAGAUAGCAUGUUGGCAAUCUUUUACCAGAAGCAGUUUACUCAGCACUAAAAUAGGUCUAUACCAUAGGUCAAUGUCAACCUGUUCAUGUCUGUUACUAAUAUACAGUAUACGUUUCUAACACAAAGGAAAAUACAAUACCGAUCCUGUUCUGUGUGUGUGUGUGUGUGUGUGUGUGUCAAAUUUGUGUGCCAUAUUGCCUGAUUUUCCUAUGACUGUUGUCCUUCUUUUCUACAAUAAAAACUAAACUCAAGUAUCUAGCUUAGACUUGUUUUCUAUGGUAGUAUUUAUUAUAAGCAACUUAAAUAAGGCCAUUCAAAGGUUAUGGGUUCAAGUCCCACAAUAGUGUCAGCUUUUUGUUGAAUUGGGGUGGUCUAGUGGUCAAAGCUCGAUGGUGGUAAUUGGAAGGUUGCUGGUUCGAUUCCCACAUGUAGUGAGUUGUGAGCAUUCUAGGAAUCAGUCUGGGCUGCGUUUCCCGAUAACGAUGGAUUUUGGCUCUUAAAGGAAUAUUCUGGGAUCAAUACAAGUUAUGCCACACCAUUUGUGGUAUAAUGUUAAUAACCACAAACAAUUAUUUUGACUCGUCCCUGGAGGUUACAGUGAGGCACUUUCAAUGAACGUGAAUGAGGCCAAUUUUUGGAGGGUUUAAAGGCAGAAUUUUGAAACUUAUAAUUUGAUAAAAGCACUUACAUUAAUUCUGUUAAAACACAUGUAUUAUUUGAGCUGUAAAGUUGUUUAAAUUGUAAUUUUUUGUCAUUUGAGGGUUUUAGGGUUUGUUGACAUUACAUCGUCAUGCAAUGAAGAUGUAAAAUUGGCUAUAAGUUUACAAAGAAAAGGUUAGUAAGUGAUUUCAUCACACUAAAAUCAUGUUAACACACAUUGUUUGUCUUGUGGUUAUACUUUUGAAACAGCGAAUAUUUUAACAUUUACGGAUUGGCCGCAUUCACUUUCACUCUAAGUGCCUCAUUGUAACCCAGAUUUGUGCUUUUUUUUAAUUUAUUUUUUUUAAGAAAAGAAGGGUCAGAUAAAUUUUUGUGGUAAUCAAGAUGUCAAAAAUGCUGUCGAUUGAGCUUGUA